AUGCUGAAAAGCUUCAGCCGUUGGCGCACCUGGUAUGCUGCAAAUUUUGACUGGAACAAUCACGAGCUUCGCGAUGUCGAGUACGAACCUAUCUGGGGUACCCAGUACGUCCGUAAGAUGGUUCAGCGACACGAGGCCCUCGGGCUCUCCGACAACGGAGUGACCGUGGUGAUGCUGGGAUACUUUUUUAUCACAAUGGCAACCACCGUCCCCGCUGCUGUGUGGAUGAUCAUACACAUCCUACUCGAUGAAGAUGUGCUCCGACGGGUUUGGUACCAGAUCGGUCCGGCGUUCCAGUCCACAGGGGCCGGAGAGCGACCAGAUAUCAAGAUGUUGAUGAAAGACCCACUCCUCAACUCCAUCUACUACGAAACACUCAGGCUACGUGUCACGAGUACUGUUGGUCGAACAUCCAUCGACGAAGGGUUGAAUCUCGCUGGAGGCUGGAACGUCAAGGCUGGCGAGCCCAUCAUGUGUACUGGCCGGCUUGCGGGACUGGAUGAAUCCUUUUGGAACACCGGCCAGCCCCUGUCUACUGACCAGCCUUCGCACCCUCUGGAAACCUUCUGGGCUGAGCGGUUUCUCGAUUGUCCAGGCAGCACCAGUCUCAGCGGACCGAUGAAGAAGAAGCACGUCCAGCCUAUACGGGAUUCUCCAGGUCAUCUUUGCGUCGGUCGCGAUACUGUUGCAAAAUUAUGA